UCCACCGGCAACGCCGCAACAGCGGGCGGGGACCGGGCUGGGCCCCUCCGCUCCCGGUGCCACACGAGGGAAGGGUCGGGGCAGUGCCGGGAGAUGCUGAGGGGUUCGGGGAGUCGCUGUCAGUGGCGCGGUGCCAGGGAGGGAGGGCGGGCACGGGAGAGCCUUUCCCCCGUUAGGCUAAGUCAAUUCAUAUAAUGGAUACACAUAUCAGGAAAAUGGCAUGCUUGUUGGACAAUGAUCAAUAUUUGGAAAAAAUUGGGUUGACAGAAUUCCAUCUACAGGGUGAUCAUCCAGCAGGGCAAGAUUUUACUGUGCCUCAUCUAGGACCAGAUAAUGGAUUGCUGGGAGCACAUAGCAAGACACAAGAUGUGCUGAGAGAACAAAUGAAGAAAACACAGUCUCAAAAGGUGCAAACAACAGAAGAAUGGAUAAAAAGCUACAGUUUGGAAUCUUUGCAGUUAACAUUAGAGUAUCUGUGCUGCAGGAAUUCAGGAAAUGAUGGUGAAGUGAUGGAGUUUACAGAGGAGGCUGUUCCUGAUUUUGAAUCCAGGCUUUGUGAAGUGAUUGAACUCUAUCAGCACCGAAUUCAGUGGCUGUUGCAGGACAGCAGAAAGGUGUUCGGUGUUAUAAAAGGAACUAAAGUUGGACUUUUGGUUGAUGUGUCCCAUUUGAGUUAUGGACCUAGACUAUUGGAUUUUCAGAAGAACCUUUUGUGCUUAAUAGAUGAGCAGCUUUGUUAUAAGAAGGAAUUGUACUGCCUCUCAUUCAGUACAGAAAUUUCACCACUGUGGGAGAGUCCAAAAACCAUCAAUGUUCAUGUGCUACAUGAAGCAAGACAGUGGGUACAAGAGCUGGAGCCUGGUCGAGGCUGCAAUUUGCUGAAAGCCUUAAGGCAUGUCCUUCCCAUGAGAGAACUGAACUCCUUGGUUCUUAUUAUAGGAAGCUGCCCUGAUCAGUCUUUUGAAAUAUUAUGUGAUUAUGCUCAGCAGUGCACGCUGGGGAGAAAAGUGCAGAUUCACACUGUUACAUAUGAUUGCAGCAGCCCUGCUUCUCUUGCACUUUUAAAGAACCUUGCAGAAGCUGUAAGAGGCCGUUAUCAUUGCUACUCUUCCCAGGGAGAGAAUUUUGAUAGCAGUGAUUUUCAUCUGCUACUUGAGGAAACCCAGAAGGCUAAGGACCUACUCAAGAGUAUCAAGCAGAGUUCUCAAAGAGUUGGUGGCUUGCUUGGUAGUGAAAGAGCAGAUGUUUCCACCGCAUUUGCAAAUACAGCACCUUCUAGCUUCUUCCCAAAGCCUCCAAAGCACAAAGCACCAUUAGUUAUUCAAACACCAAGCAUCCUGGCCAAAACCUCAGCAGACUGGUUAAAGACGUAUGGAUUGAAAGCUAAAAAGUUAAACCUUUAUCAAGUUCUGGCUCCCAAUGCUUUUUCUCCUGUGGAAGAUUUUGUACCUAUUCUUAAAAAAACAGUAUCAUCAACUCUACAUGAGGCAAUGAUGAUGCAGUUUGAGUGGUAUGAUGGAACUGUAAAAAAUAUCCAUGUUGACCUGCCAGUAUUGUACAACUAUCAGAAAGUCCUUGCUAAAAUGGUAAAAAUCUAUGAGAAACGAAUUGACUGGCUAUCUGUUGCUAGCAGAAGAAUAUGGGGAAGUGUUUGUGAAAGAAGGGUGGUUGUACUUGUUGAUAUAUCAGUGACAAACUCCACCUACAUCUCUCAUAUCCAACGCUGUUUGCGACUUUUACUUGAGGAACAAAUGUCAAAUAAGGAUUGCUUCAAUAUUAUAGCAUUUGGGAGUGACAUUGUGCCUUGGCAGCAGGAGCUGUGUCCUUCCCAACCAGAAAACUUAGAAAAGGCUUGGAGGUGGGUGUUGAGCUUGGAAUGCAAGGGCAGUAGAAAUUUCAUGGGUGCCCUCAGAAGAGCUGUGGAAGUUGACUUCAAAGACAAACACAAAUCACAGGGACUCUACCUGCUGACUACUGGAAUACCUGAUCAGGAAACACACACAAUCAGUGCUUAUGUGGCUGAGGCUUGUGGAGGUUUGGAUUUACAGCUCCAUGUCUGUCUGCUCAGUGUAACAGAGGGCACUGACUCCAGUGGGAUUAUUCCAGCCUGCUAUGCCAGCCCCAGGGAAACUGCCAGUGCUUUUAAAGAAAUUGUACAGGCAGCCAAUGGGAGGUUUCACUGGUUUGGAGAAGCAGGUAUUUUUGAAAGUGAUGAUAUUACCAGUAUUAUAUCUGAAAUGGAAAAGGCAAAGAACUACUCCCAAAAGUGUGCAUUCCUGGUGGAGUCCUUAAAGCAACGCUCAGGAAAUCAGUCUGUGAAACCCCUCACAGCAGAAGGAGACUCAAAUGUGCUUAUGAGGAAGGAGAAAAAAAAACCACAGAAGGCGCCAUCUCCUAAACCAACAGCUGUGCAUAAGGAUGUUAAAGACAACCACGGUGCUGAGAGAAAUACUCCUGUAAGAGUACUGGCAUGGCGUCCUCCUAGUGCCAAAGCAGGAAUUCCACCAGCAGAAACAGUAAAAGAAUGGCCUCAGACUGAGAAUAAAGGAAAGCACAAACCCAGGAAGCAGCCAGAGCUUUCUGUAUCUGUAUUUUACACUGAAGAAGGAAGAAAUGUGGGUACAAUAUAUCAGAGGUAUCCCAAGGCAGUGAGUGUAAGAAAAUCUGUUUGCUCUGUCAGAUUGCCAAAGGAAGAGGAAAUCUGUUCAAGCAAAGAGUGGCUGACCAAGUACAGUAUUAAAAAGCUUAAACUGGAAUUGCCCAGACUGAUGUUUGGUCCAAGCUGUACCCACCAGAAGACAACCGUGGAGUCUCUGCACAAGAAAGUAUCAGCAAAAUACUGUUCUAUCUUCCCCAGUGCAGAAAUCAAUGGGGUUGUGAAACAUCUGCACUUUCAGCCUCGAGAACUGGAAACCUACAGAGAGCAGCUGGAGAAGGUGCUGCAGCGUUACAUCCAGAGAGUGCAGUGGCUUCUCUCAGGAAGCCGAAGAUGGUUUGGUACCAUUUUAGAAGCAAAUGUCUGUGUUUUGAUUGAUACAUCUGGUUCCAUGGGCCCAUAUUUGCCUCCUGUCACAAAAGAACUUGCCUCCCUUAUCUGGGAACAGCUGAGAAAAAAUGAAGUCAGGUUUAACCUGCUGAGAUUUGCAGAAAAUACAGAGAGUUGGAAAGAGUUUCUUGUAGAGGCAACUGAUGAAAGCUGCCAUGAUGCUGUGCAGUGGGCUUCCACAUGCCAUGCUCAUGGGAGCUCCUGCAUCCUUACAGCUUUACAGAAGGCUCUCAGUUUCCAAGGUGUAGAGGCACUGUAUCUAUUGACUGAUGGAAAACCAGACACCAGUUGCAGUCUGAUUUUGAAAGAAAUUGAAAGAUUGAUAAAGAAACAAGAUAUUAAAAUCCACACCAUUUGUUUUAGCUGUGCAGACAGAGGGGCUGUUGAAUUCCUGAAGAAGCUUGCUUCCCAAACAGGAGGGCGCUUCCACUGCAGCUCUGGAGGUGAAGAUGGACAAUUAGCAGCUCACAGAAUAUUGACAGAGGGGCUGGAUGAUGAAGAUAAUCCAGUUUUCCCUUACUUUGAAGGAGAUGAUCUAAAGAGCCUUACUCAAGAAGUAGCAAAAGCUAGAAGUUUCUUAAAGCAGGCAAAAUCUUGGAGAUUAUUGCUUGAAAAAUGGAACACAAACCGAAAAGGCAACUCUGGCUUCCAAAAAAGUGUUCAGGUAAACAGUCACCCCAUUUACAUCCUAGUUUAUGUCUAGUUCAUGGAUUUCAGUAGGAGGGUAAUAUUUUAUUACAUUUAUUCAUUUCUAGCAGUUACUUUUUUUCAAAAUUGGAAACAUUUGUAGUGAUUUUAGUUCUUAGCUGAGAUAGUCCACAGUAAAACCCCAUAUAACCAAAGAAGAGUUCAACGAGAACUGUUGGGGGUGAAGAGAGCAAGGCAGAUGUGUAUUUGUAGUUAUUCAUGGUCUAGCAAGCAGUUAAGCACAUAAGAGAGUUAGAGCCAGGUGUAAUGGCUGGAAUAACAGUUGCUGCAUGGGCUGCAUGAUUUAUCUGUUAAAUGAACAAGGCUGACUGGAAAAGGAACCCACUAAUAGCAAAGACAUCCUCAGCAAAUGUGGCACUGUCAUUACAGAAUGGUGGGAGAGGCAGCUGGGCAAACUGAACUCACAGAGCCAACCUGCUGCUUUAAAUUGGCAAAGUAAGAACCACAGGAAAAGAGAAGUUGUUGGGUGGAAGUACUUUCUGAGGGUUAAACAAGACAGAAGAGCUGUCACAGAGCUGUUUGAGGGAAAACAAUGGACACAGACAACUGCAGAGUUGCACUAGAGAACAUUGGCCUGCCAAGAUAUUCAUCAAGGACUUGGGUAAGGCAGAUACAGAGCAAGACUGGAUUUUUUUAAAUCCUUGUUUCUAUAGCUAUAGUUUGUAUUUUGGUUCAAAAACAUUGCCCAGUCAUUCAAAUAGAAAUCAAAAAAAUCCAGUCUGACCUGCUGGCUAAGCAGGUUUAUAGAGAGUGGAACCUGGUGUGCAAGAGUGGGUGUAUGUGUGUGUGUCAGAGUGUGUCUGAGUCUGCAGAAUUCAGCAUCUAAGGGCUGAUCCCUCAUGAGAGAUGCUUGGAGAGGGAGCAGAUAUAAAACCUCCCAUAGGAGCAAGGAAGUUGUUACAGGCAUGCAGACAUAAGGCUGGUGUUCCACAACUAUCUCUGUAUCUCAACAUUCCAAGGAAAACUGUAUUGCUGCUGAAGUGCACAGGAAGGCAUAAGUGUUAAAAUUCUCCAGAAAGGGCAUAGCACUGUAGCCACAUUAAACAUGAUUAAAUUUUAGAUGAAGAAAAGAUCCUGAAGAGGUCUGGAAUCAUACCAUUCACCUGCUUCUUUUCCAAGUGUGCUCACACCUUCCAGCUUCAAGCAGAUUUUUUUCAUUGUUUUCAUCACAACUGCUGGCAAGACAAGAAGUUGCAGAUAAGUGCUGCACUCACUCCACUUGCUGAUUUUGCAGGAUUCAAAGUAAAUCAAGCCCUGAACUCUACACAGUUCAAAUAUAAGUAGAGGAUAGUUUUCAGUAUAGCUAAUACAAAUUUAAACUGUGUAUGUAUCAGUACAGGAUCACAACUUUGGGUUCUCUUUUACUGCAUUGUAUUAAUAAUUUCUUCAAUUAGUUGCUAGUAUGUCUAAAUUGCCUUUUUUUGUCUGUUGUUUGAGAAUUCUUUACUGGUGCUUAUUAUCCCUAACAGAUGGGACAGUUUUGCAUAGAAAGUCCAACAAAUAAACUUAGUGCAGAAAACAAAGCUUUUAAUUCAUGUUUUUACACAGGGAAGUUUUGCUAAUAAUUAUUUCACCUCUUUGUGUUUUGUGUUGGCAGUAAAGAAAAAUUUAGAGCUGAUUUAGAAAUGAUGAGACAUGCAAGAAAGUUAUACCCUGUUGCUGAUGUAGCCUGAUUGUGUUUGUAUAACUAGACACUGCCUGUCUUUCGAGCAAUUCUGUUCUUAUAUAUUUUCUAUCUAGAAAGAUUAAAAAUAUGUUUCCCAGUAUCAGUUGAUUUGUGAAAUAUACUUGUUUUUUACUGAUUUCUGUAAUUACAGCUCACUAGUAUUUUGUAGAUGUUCACUGUUGUCUUUUAGAGGGUUAGAAAUUAAUCUCAGGUGUUUAAUAUAUGUAAUAUAAUAAAAAUGGAUUAAUACUUCAGAAUUAAGAUAGUUGAUCUGCAUUUAUUCAGGAGCCAUUUGCUUCUCUUGUGUGCCACUGGAUAUGCUGUGAUAUGGGAGAUUGUGUCUUUUCCGUCCCUUUUUCUCUUUUGUCUCUAUAAAGAAUUAAACAUUAUUUCUAUCAUAAAUGUAUCUAUUUAAUGUUGUAUGCUCUGAACCAGGUGACUCCUGCCUUUCAAGUUAGUGCCAGCCUUUACUGGAAUGCUGCAGUUGAACUGGUGCUUUGUGCUGUGCACCACUUUCUGUGAUUUUAUUUGGGGAUGUGUGUAACUGCUGAGAUUAUUUGAUAUGAAAACUGUUAAUUGUAAAUUAAUAGGAUUGGUUACAUUUCUGUUUGGGGUAUAGAUGAUGAUCACUGAUAAAAUGAGGAUUUCUACUCACAGAAAUGUUAAAACAGUAAAUCCAGGUAGAAAGGAUGAGCUUUCUGUAUUGCCAAAAAGGGUUUCUUAUUUGUUUCUUGGAGGAUUUAAGAAAUGUCGCAGUUCUGUAGCAUAGAAUCUUAUAUUCCUAUAAAAGUACUUUAAAAGAACUUAAAAGGAAACACACUUCUGCAGAUGUGUUAAAUGGUAUGAGAGGCUCUUUGUAAAGUAAGAUCAUAAUGAACAUAUUGGAUUUUGCAAAUGUGGAUAAGCAUCAGAAUAUUUCAUUUUGUUGUGCUAGACUGCAAUUGUCAAAGUUUUCAUUUAGAGCCUUUUCCCCCCUGUACAAUAUUUGGUGUUCAGAGGUUUUACUCUCAAAACAAUUGCAUUUACACAGUGUCUCCACGGGCUGAUUGUCAGUGGAUCUGUAACCCCAGUUUGGGGCAGCCUACAUUAAUACUCAUCACUGAGCUGUUUGUUUUGGCUUGGACUGGUUGUUGGUUUCUGGGCAGAGCACAGCACAUUUCUCUGCUUCUCCUGAGUAUGAUCUCACACUCCAAGCAAGUGUUGGGAACUCAGGAGCCUUCUCCUUGCUGGGGCUGUGAGCUAAGGGCUUCUAAGCCUCCUGUUCAAGAAAAUGCAAUGAAAAGUAAGGAGCAAAUGUUGUUGUUAGAAUCUGUGUAAGCACAGAAGCUGUAAAAUAGUCAGGAAUGACAGUAUUGAGCCAUUACACCCCAUCCAAGUUCUCGUCUUUGUAAGUGUGUUCAGCCUGUGCAGCCAAAGCCUUGUGGCCCCACAGGCUGGUCAAGCCCUGCUACCUUCUCAGAGCAGCUCCUCCCUUUAAAACACAGAUUCCAUCUCCUUGCUACCUACCUGAAGACUCCCAUCCUGCCUGCUCCCAUCAGGCUGAGGCUGCCUUUCCAGGAAGGCAUUUUCAGGAGAUGCCUCAGUGGGGCUGACCUGAGUAAUACUCAGUUGGUGACUGCAGUGUUGCUCUGUCAGCUCCACGUCAUUUGCUUCCUGCUCUGUGCUUGCUGGAAUGCAGCCCACUGUAUUCAAGACAUAAUAAGAGAGGAGUUUUAAUUGACCAAAUGCAUAUUUUUCUGCCAGCUUGUUUGUAAGUCAUGUCAUUGCUGUGACUCACUGAAAAUGCUGAUUUGUGAGCAAUGAAUUAAAGACAAAUUGCUGAACCGGUUGCUACCUCCAGUGUGUGUGCAACCCCCUUCAGGACAGUGCUGCUUUCACAGCAGGAGUUGGGAACUUCUGUGUGGAGCAGCUCAUGUGCUGCCACAAUUUCCAUUUUCCAGCUGCUGAGCUAGGUUUAACUGGUGCAGAUAUUCACAACCCUUAGCAAGGACUGGCAGUUCAGGAACUCCUUUGUACAUGGCUCAGCCACUGCUGCUUCAGGAGACAGCUUCCAGGAGAAGGAAAGCUUGGCAUAGUGACAAAUUUCUCCAUCCAAAUAUGCCUGAAUUUGAGUCACCCCCGGCAGUUCACGCUGCUUCAGAAGAAGGUAAUGGCAGUGUGUGUUGUGUCCUUCAGAAUUCUGUUCAGUAAGAAUUUCUCUGUGCCUUAUAAGCAUGUUGCUACUGUCAGCAUGUAUGUAGAUUUGUAACUACAACCUUCCAAGACUUUAGGCACCCAAAUGUGUUAAUACAACUAAGUCACUGGAAUUUUUAUGGAAUCACUUUAAUGCAUUAAGUCAGAUGUAUAUCAGCUGUAUAUUUGAUUCAACUGAACUUUAGUCCUUUGUGAAACAUCUCAGACAGAUGCUUAUGAGAUAUCUGCUUGCUGAUUAGUUAAAAUAAUAAAUAAAUAAAUAAUAGGAAGAGAGAAAGAAGGGAAAAUGCAAUUCCAGAAAUUUGCCAGCAUCAGAAAAUAACCUCUUUCUUCCCUGUCUCUGUUACAAUAAUGAGAAUUUAGGUUUGAGAUAGUGAAUGUGCUGGCAGAAGUAAUUUAUAAGGAAUCUGAUAAUCUCUGACUCAUAUCAUGUGACAGUUCAUCAGUUAGAAUCUUAAAUUCUGCCCAGAAUUUGAUAAGUGUAGCUUAGCAGACCUUGUAAGCCACAGGUUUAUCUCCCUUCAGUGACAUGGGCUGCCUCUGUCACCAUGGCCACUCCUUAUGUGGCACCAAGGCUUUACUAAAUAGAGUAAGAAUUAGCAAACCUGUUGGAAUUAGUGUUCCAAUUUCUUUCAAACAUGCAUUUGUAUAGUUUGUUCAACACUUUUGUUGUCUCUGUGAUUCCCAUGUGUAGCCAGCCAAGCUGUGAUCCCUGCUAAUUGUAUAGAAAUAUGCCUUUAUUCAGUACAAUGUAAUGCAGUAUUUUUAUUUAUGAUGCAUUUGUAUUCUUUCCCUUCAAAUGUUGCAUAAACUGUCCUCUUCUUUAACAAGACCCAAGGGCUGAUACAGGGAUGUUGGUUGCUGCUGUGAGAAGUUGCUUUGUUUCUUCCUGUAAUUCCAUCCAGACUUGGCAGUGCAGGCUCAGAGUUAUCAUUUCAUUUGACCUGUAAAUCAAUCUGUGUAACAUGCAAAGUAACCACGAACGCAAAGGAAAUGAGAACAAAGUCAUCUGAAAAGCAUUUUAUGGGGCACAUUCCAAGGCUGUAUUUAUGUGUACUUUAUUCCAUCCAUGAGGAAACAGUGAAAUAUGCAGAACUGUAACACAAAUACACAAAGAAACAGGAAAAAGGAAGGCUAGAGUGAGAAUAUUUAUGUAUGUUAAUGAAGAAUGGAGGGAUUUAAGAAGAACCUGAUCUCUUAGCUUUGCAGCGAGGAAUAAGGAUCUGCAUCUUCCUUUCCCUUCUGGCCUGGACUUGGAGCAAGGCAUGGGUAAGUUGCUUUGCCUCUGUGUCUUACUCCUCUAACUUAGCAAGGAAUGUGAAGAAUGUUGUGUUACCAUAACAGUUUGGGUCUUACUUUGCAUUUGUUGUUGUUGCAUCGAUAUUGUGUUGGUAAACUUUCUUAAGGAUGACUUCAUGCCUUAGAAAUGUUUGAUAUGUAGCAAUGGUUAGCAUUUGGUUAUAUGAAAAAUAUUCUGAAGUUUCCUUUCCAAAAUUCAGAUCCCAUGAUUAAUAUUCUUGACUAAAAAUGCUAAGCUAGACAUAAUUAGAGGAGAGCUCAACUCUUUUUCUCUUCCAUUAACAUUACAAGACCUGAUUUAAAUGCUUUUUUAACAUUUUCUCUCCUCUCUCACAUAAAGGGUGAAUAUCUUACUGUUGUCACUUCCCUUCUCUCAGCUCUCUGCUGUUUUAGACGUCCUUGUUGUGAGGGUGGUUGUUUUUGUAGUCACAAAGAGAUAAGUUGCCUUAGUCAAAAGUACUUACACCCUAGAACAGCUCUGCCCAGACUACUCUAGGGCUGUAGAGGGAAUCAGCACUCUGUGCCCUGUCCAAACGAGUCUCACCACUCUGAGUUCACAGGCUGUGUCAGUACCUCUGAUGGGCAUCUGCAUGUGAACAAGAGCAUGAGCAGGAGCUCAAACUAAGCAAGCUCGGACAACUCUACCAAUUUAGGGCUUAGAUGAGGAAAUUUUUAGGAAGUCAGCUGAAGAGAGGGUAUCAUUUGUAUGGCAGGUAUUUCAGCAAAACCCUGUCCUUGAGUAGGUUUAAGAGAGAGCUUAGUCUCUUCUGAUUUUCUGCUAUUCCUCUGCCCUUGGGCGCUCCAGAACACCCCAUCCUGCCUGUGACUCACACCAAAUAUCCAGCUGUCAUCUUAACUCACACCUCUGCUGAGUCCUUCAUGCUCUGGUUAUUCUGCUAAAGGCUCCUUUCUGCAUUGGAUCCUCCACACUUGAAAACCAUUCUUCAGGUUACCCCACAGCUGGAGCACAGCUCCUGUUCUGAGGCCUGGGAGUGCAGAGCUGUGAAGUUCACAGUGACCAGGACACAGACCUGGUCUCACACUUCUGCCUUCUGGGCCAUGGUUUGAAACCCUCUGGAGUACCCAGCAGUGUUCAGAGCCAGCACAGGGACCAGGCUUUGUAUGCUGGGGACAGAGAUUGUCUGGUCUGUCUUAUGCCAAAUGCUCCUUACUCAAUUCAGGCUUGGCUCUGGCAGCAUGGGAUUUGAAAUGAACUUGUGUAAGCACACUGGGUUCCUCUAUGAAACAGUGCAAUUACAUUUCAACAUCACUUUACAGUCUGGAUGUGAGUAACAUUUUGAUAAGCCAAACAACAUUUCAGAAAUGUGGACCUCCUCCAUGUAAAUAAAUGGACAAACUCCCUGACACCUUCCUGUUGUAUUUUACAGUCAUCUGCUAUAAGUACUGGAUGUUUUGUUUGUUUCUAUGUGCCUACAUGAACUAUGAAUGGUCAUAGGAGAAAAAGUAGAAAAAGGCAGUAUAGAGUUGUGAUUCAAGACCAAAACCAAGCUCCAGUCUUAAUGCAGCAGCUUUUCUCCUUGUAACUUUAGCUUCUGAUUCUUGCAGAAAUACUUAGCAGGAUGCAUUGAAUAAAAUAUGACCAUCGUUCUUUACUAAAGCCAGCCAGCAGCUACAAAGGAGCAGGAACAGCAAAAGGCCUGAGCACACGUGAACUUCUCUGUCUGCCUGAGAGCACCUGAUGCCCUUGAGUCACGAAUUGUCCAGCACAGACAUCUCACCCUCCUACCUGGAC